AGAAUUUUAUUGAAUUGUGUCGUGUGGUAGUGUUCACGAUUGACGCCGUAGGUAAAUGUUUUGAUUAUAAUCUGAAGAAAGGUUUUGGUUAAAGAAAAAUUUUGUAUUGUAGUUUUUGACAUGUGCAAUAUAAUUUGUUAGAUUAAUGUGUGUUUACACGAUUCAAACUUUCGAUUUUAGAGUAUCUAGAAUAAGUCCACUGUGGUGUGAGUUGUGAAUGGUUUUAACCCAACUUUGAAGAACGUUACUGGAUAUACCAAAUAGGCUAUACAAAUUUGGUUGUGAUCUCAUCAGAUUGUGUACAAGUACUUCACUAGUUACAAAAAUGGCAUCUACCCUGGAAUCCAUGGUUAGAAUUGAAGAGCCAGAGAAACCUGUUGACAGGGAGAAGACAUGUCCUCUUCUGCUGAGGGUGUUCUGUUGUACUGGACGGCACAACAACAUCAUGGAAUAUAGGAACGGAAGUGUGCCAGCUAAUGAAUUGCAAAUAUAUACAUGGAUGGAUGCGACUCUCAGAGAGAUCACCAGUUUAGUGAAAGAAGUAAACCCAGAAGCCCGCAGGAAAGGGACUAUGUUUGAGUUCUCCCUGGUUUAUCCUAACCCUGCAACUCCAGGCUACAGGUUCCGUGAUGUCGGCAGCACGAUUUCCGGCCAGAAAGGACCGGAUGACUCGAAAACAUUGUCUCAGUUGAGAUUCAAUAUUGGGGAUUUCAUGGAUGUUUGCAUUACACCACCCACCCGUAUGAAUCCACCCAUGAUGAGACGUGGGGGUUUAAGACCAUACUGAGUAGGAAUCAAUAUAUGAAUUCCAAAUACAUUUUGUGUUCAAAAACCUUUUGUAACCAUUUAUGAAACAUGUUUAUCAAUAAUUUUAAGGUGAUAUUAAGGUACCAUUUUGAAUAAAGAGUAAGUAAGUGUUCCA